GUGUAGCGUCGCGCAACGUAAUCACCAUUAAGAAUGCUUGCAAACGUCGCAACGACUCUGUCCCAUGAGUAUGUAGCAAUCGAGUCGAAUAGUAGGCCUAAACGAUCCCAGAUGCGAACAAAUGACUGGUGGAAGAACAGAUAAUUGGGUCUGCGGAGGCCAAAGGUGGAGUCUGGGGUCGGAAAGGUUCCUCCACAUGAUAACGACGCAAUGCUCGGGGACGGCACUGCCGAUAGUGCCACCCUCGGCGUCUGGUGGUUCGAUCCGGGUUUUAUUCAUAAGCUUACCUCUCUCUCUCUCUUUGUAGGCAGACCAGUCAACCCAAAGAGCUGCGACGACAUAGAAGAUGCCGUCAAAAUUCUUCAAGAACCGCAGGGUCUACUUACUGACCAGCGUAGCCUACAUGGGCUCGCUGCUGUUCGGUUAUGACACCGGAGUAAUGGGCAGCGUUCUUGCGCUCAAAGCUUUCAAGCAAGACUUUGGCCUGCCAACAGACUCAUCUGGAUUCUCCGAUUCGAGAAACGCAUCGGUAUCAUCGAACGUCGUGUCGCUCCUUACCGCAGGUUGCUUUUUUGGUGCCAUCGGGGCUGCUUGGAUUAACGAGCGGUUCGGCAGACGAUUAUCUCUCAUGGGCUUCUCACUCGUCUUCCUUAUCGGUGCCGCAAUCCAAACUGCCGCUCAUCAUGAGAUUGGCAUGAUCUACGCUGGUCGCGUUAUUGCAGGUCUCGGUAUUGGUGGCAUGUCGUCUAUCACCCCUGUGUUCGUCUCGGAAAACGCACCCCCAGCUCUUCGCGGACGCAUCGCUGGUCUCUUCCAAGAAUUCCUAGUCAUUGGUAGUACUUUUGCUUACUGGCUGGAUUACGGUGUUGCGCUCCACAUGCCCACUUCAACAAAGCAAUGGAGAGUCCCGGUAUCGAUUCAACUCAUCCCAGGUGGUUUCAUGUUGAUCGGGCUUUUCUUUCUCAAAGAGUCUCCACGGUGGCUCAUGUCAAAGGGUCGACAAGAGGAAGCUGCGCAAUCGCUUGCGUUCAUUCGUUGCGAGCAACACGAUAGCCCUGAGCUCCAGAAAGAACUAGCAGAGAUUCGCGCUGCAGUCGAAGAGGAGUUGAACCAAACAGAGGGCAUCACAUGGAAGGAAGUCCUCCUUCCUGGCAACCGAUACCGAUUCAUAACUGGUUUCGUGCUCAUGUUCUGGCAGCAGUUUAGCGGAACGAACUCAAUCGGUUACUACGCUCCCCAAAUCUUCCAGACCGUCGGCGUCUCCGCGUCCAACGCUUCGCUGUUCGCAACGGGUAUUUAUGGCACAGUCAAAGUCAUUACGACUGGAAUCUUCUUGAUCGUUGGUAUCGACUUUAUCGGCCGGAAGUACUCGCUCAUGGCUGGUGCAGCAUGGAUGGCGUGUAUGAUGUUCAUCAUCGGAGCUGUUCUUGCUACAAACCCACCAGAUCCUGAUUCUGGCUCGGUUUCAUCCGCGUCCAUCGCCAUGGUCGCCAUGAUCUACCUGUAUGUCAUCGGUUACUCAGCUUCUUGGGGUCCCGUCCCAUGGGUUUACCUUGGGGAAAUAUUCCCGACGCGACUUCGUUCGUACGGUGUGGGAAUGGGAGCAGCCACGCAAUGGCUCUUCAAUUUCGUUAUCACGAAGAUUACGCCCGCGGCCAUCAACUCAAUCGGAUGGAAAACCUUUCUCAUGUUUGGCAUCUUCUGCCUUUCCAUGGGAAUCUUUGCUACUUUCUUUAUCAAAGAGACCAAGGGAAAGACACUGGAGGAGAUUGAUAUUCUGUUCGGUGAUGUGUCGGCUGAACAGCGUCGCCAGGAUGUCGAGGCGGGAAUGAAGGAGGAACAGCGAAAGCACUCGGUGAAGUAUAUGGAAGAUGCUACCGAGCUCGAGAACAGAGUGGACAAGGACUGAACGGUGAUUUCACGAUGAAUAGCGAGCUUUGAGGGUGUUCGUAGAUCAUCUAAAAUGCUUUAUCAGAUAACAAGAAAGCUGGUCGACAAGCUGUAGUCGGGCUUCAAUAAUGACCAUGACCUCUCUGGUGUAUGGCGACUUGCGGAGACGCUGUGAUGGUGGAUGACGGAAAUCUCGGAACCUUCCGAGAACCGGAACAGAGAAGCUCAGUCACUGCCUAAGUGGGCUAGCGUCGUCAUCAAGGAGAAGUCUCACUCAACUCAAC